CAAAAUUCUUGAUGCCCGACCAUUCAAGAAAAGUUGUUGUGGUGCGAUUCUCCGUACAAUCCAAUCGGUCACACCUUUUAGCAAGUCGCACAGCCAUCAAUGAGAAUGAAUAAUUCCUGGAAGAGGAGAAACAUUUUGCCAAAUGUGAGAGACGGCCGUGCGGGUCUCUGCACAGAGGAAGGGGGUCGCCGCUGUGAGAUUUGAAAGACAGCGACCUAAUGGCGGGCUUUCACGAUGACUCAACUGUGACAUUUCAAGUUAGUCAAAGUCACACACUUUUGAGUCCCCGUUCAGCUUUGACAUUUGCCGACUGGGGGUCUCAAGCGGCAUUCUUGUCUCGUCAGCCACGAUGCGCACGCUCUCACGUCUUCUUUUUGCGUCCUUUUGCGGCCUGUGCUUGCUUUCGUGCGCGCUGUCAAUGCAAUGCAAGGACUCGCAGUACGCCUGGCCCAUGAAGGCCCCGCAACGUUGCUGUGACAAGUGCCCGCCUGGUCAACACAUGAUCCGGCGUUCUCGGACCAGCUGCCAGAUUGAGUGUGGACCAUGCAUGGGCGAACGCUACACUGACUCGUACAACGUACAGAUGAGCUGCAAUGUUUGCGUCACGUGCGACAAGCCCAAUAUGGAGUACGAGUCCCACUGCCGAAACUCUCAGAACGCUGUGUGCAGAUGUCAAGUCGGCUACGAAUGCACGGAUGAAGCAUGCACGGCAUGUUGGCACGCACCAGGAACAGUCAAGCCCAGCACCACAGAUCCAAAGUGGUACCUGGUGGAAAUCCUCCCCGUGUGUGUCGUCCUUGUCAUCAUCGUCUUCUUACUCGUCUUGCCCUUUCUCGGUCGGAUCCGAUCCAAGCACGGGUUCUACUCAGUAGAAGUCAAAGCGAUUCAAGGAGUGCCGGGCAAUGAGGAGGAAGAGAGGAUGCGCAAGCCUGUCCAAGAAGUGUGCGGCAAAUUUAAGCCAGGUUGUUGAGGAGAAAGAAGAGAGACUACACGACUUAACAUAAACACCUCACCACAAUUAUUCGAGUUGGGCUUGGGAUCUUUGGAAAAUACGUUCCUUUGCAGAACACUUGUGAGUUUAAUUAUUAGGCGGGUGCGCCGCUAAUUAUGAAGGGCUGAUCCAGCCAAGCCUACUGGGACUCUUUUCUUGUCAGUCUGGAUGCCACGAUGCCUCUCCUGGGUCAGUUUUGGUACAACUCCUCCAUCAUGCGUGGGGGUCCAUCACCUUUUAAAAAUGGUUCAAGGGGUUCCAAAUCUGUGUGCCACGCCACUUCCUUGUACUGGGAUGCAUUUUGUAUAUUUUACAUUUGUGACUCGUUUCUUUUCUGAAUGGGCUAAUUUGAUGAACGAAUAAAAGCCGUUUUUUAACCAAAUAUCUGGCUUUGUGUGUGACUUGAAUGGAGUGACCGUAUGAAAAUAUCUAAUGUCUUCAUCUCAGGGCUCAAAAUAAAUAAGC